CUUGUUCGAGGCUUGGUCGAAGACAACGAUAGGAUCUUCGCCGCCAUUGAUAGCACUCGAAGUCUCUCUCAGGCCAUUGACGCAGUCGGCAUAGAGGCAAGCAACUCGCCUGAAUCAAAAGUUCGAUUGGCCCUUCUCGCAAAGCUGGACAAGCUGGCUGCGGGCAACUUGAAUCUUAUCAGCCCCUUCUUUGCACAAGAGCGGAUGCUCGCAGUCUCAGACGCCGCAAGAUGCUACCACCUCCUGUUAAAUUCCAAUGAAACCGACGCAGAAGGCUUCAAGAUUAGAUUGUUUGCGAAUGAGCCCACAGCUUCAAUUUACAGUCUUAUAUCAUGUCAGCACAUUGCUGUAACACCAGAGACAAUCAAACCAGCAGUGAUCAAGCUGCUAGAUGUGGCUAUAUCCUAUGGAUUUAAUAUAGGGCAAGACCCGAUAAACAAUCUGUUCGAUAUGGAUGAAUUUGCAAAUGUAAUAGACGGAAUCGAUGCUGAAGCACUCAGAACCUUCUUUCGGAACCUCCAGAGACUUCAAGCCUUAGUGCGCUUCCCCGAAGAUCUGGAUGCGCUUCUUCGGUCGCCAUUCAAAUCAGCUUUCCAGAUUGCACACGCACCGAAAGACGCAUUCGUUACGACUAUCAGCCACUAUGGUCUCCCCGCUGAACGCGCCAUCCUUAUCCAUGAGCAUGCCUCCCUGGUGGAUAUGCGCAAUGAGCAGGUAUGGGCGGCCAUGUUGGCUUCCAAGACGGAUAUUCAUCUCUCUGCCUUGACGAGCUCAGACACGGCGGCUCCAUCAGACUCAGUGGUGGCACUGGCCACACCUACAACGAAACAAACUACGAGCUAUACGCAGAUAUUCGGCGACAUUGUCCUUGGGGGUUGUGAUGACUGUAACGCGGUCACCAGUCCAGCGGCCUACUUUGUAGAUCUUCUGCGUAUGCUCAAAAACGCACCCAGCGACUCUAGCAAACCGACUGGUCCAAGCCUUCUUGACAAAUUGACGGAGAGACGCCCAGAUCUACUAACUAUGCAACUGUCCUGUGUCAAUACAAAUGUGUUGAUUCCAUAUAUUGACCUCGCUAACGAAGCAAUGGAGUCCUUCAUCAAGAAUGUUGGAAAUAUCGUCCCGCCUACGCCUGUCCCUAUCCAGGGGUUCAACAUGACGGAAGAAGACACCAGUGAUACCAGUCUAUCAGAGCCGCAGCAUACAGACUAUGGCAUCUAUCAGACCCAAAUUGCUGCACAAAACUUCCCCCUUACCGUUUUCCCUUACAGCCAGGCCCUUGAUACGCAGCGUCUAUUCUUCUCAAAUCUCAAAGUAUCACUAUCCGAUGUUGUGGCACUUUUUGGAUCAGAACAAAGAUUAUUUCCUACAACUGAUGGGAGCACCCCUCCUACCUCUGAUAUGCUCAAGUUAGCGAAAGACGUGUUGAGCAGUGCGGACGCGGCUGAAUAUCUCGGGCUCUCCCCUGCAGACCACGUUGCCAUUACAGGCUCUUCAGUUUAUUCGCUCGAUUUUUUCAAGGCCGUUAUCGAUCCAAACAUGCAGGACGACGCCUAUGGACAAAAGAUCGGGCGUCUAGGUACGGCGCAAUAUUGGGGUUAUGAGUCAGACCAACUCAUGCUGUCAGAGAAUAAUGACGAGGGGUUGCCCUUUGUCAAGUCUCAGUUUCUCCGACGAUCAGAAAUUACAGUUGAGCAAUUAUUGGGGCUUCUCAGAGCGAGAACACUACAGGGCCAACUUGUACUUGAGAAUGCAGACGCUUCGCCGACUUUCUCUGGCAAGCUUGAAGAUCUCAGACUUCGUCAUCCAACUAAAGACAAUGCCAAAGCGGCCCUUACAGUGCCAGAUUGCAAACUACUUCAGUCCUUUAUACGGCUGUGGCAUAAGACUGGAUGGACAGUACAAGAUCUUGACUGCCUCAUCACAUCAUUUGGCACUAAAGACACGCUGUAUAACAUUACGCCACAGACUAUUGUCGCCAUGUCGGCGGUACAGCGCAUCUCGACCCUCACCGGCAUUGAAGUGUUUAGGCUUAUGCCUCUCUGGGACCUUAUGGACACAAACGGAGACAACUCACUUUACGCCAAACUAUUCCUCGGGGGCAAAGCAGAUAGACAGGAUGCCGUGUUUGGAAAAGAUGAUCAGGGACGAUAUCUAGCGGGUGGCUUGAGUCUUGAGGAGAACCGUGCGCCGCUACUGGCUGCAUUCCGUUUGACAGAGGAGAGCUUCUCUGCUAUUGUGGCUGCAGCAAAUAUCCAAAACGACAAGCUCGAUUUGGCUAACGUAACUAGCAUAUACCGCAUAUCUCUCUUCUGCCAGAUACUUGCAAUUGAUCCGAAAUAUUUUGAAGGACUACAAGGUCUGCUAAACCCAUCGUUGGUUUUUGAAAGCCCGCAGGCUGCAUUUAGCAUCAUAAAGGAAUUUCAGGAGUUGGUGGAUGCUGGUUUGAGCCAAGAACAGCUUCUCUUCUUUACUGGUAAUGACCAAGCUAUGCUUUCGAGAGGGUUAGAUUUGGGGCUAUCUAUGCUGCAGAUCGUCUUGGCCGCUUCGGACAUUAUAAUCAACAUUCAGAGCAGUAAAGAUACUUUACCAGUAAUCACCGAGGGCAUGAUGGCUUCGCCAGCUGAUGUGACUACCGCAUCAGUCAAGUUGUUUGAUUCUGCGACUGCGCAAUUAGUCACAGAGUUCAUUGAGAGUGAUCAGCCGUUCCCCCUUGGCACACUUCUCGCACAUGACACCACCGUCUUCGCGCAAAGUAUGUUGAGAAUAGUAUCGCGAGCGACUGGUUUGUAUGUCAGCAUGAAACUCAGCGUCGAUGAGGUCCAAUUCUUUCAAGUUCAGGUCAACCCUACCCUUGCUGUCGACUUUGGGAACAUUAGCUUUGCAGCAAUACAAUUUCUCCAAAGAUAUAGAGACUUGGCUGACAAACUGAAUGGCCCAACCGCUCUUCUUCAAUUCCUCAAAUGGACCAGCACUUCUCCCCAUGAUGGUUUGGUGACCGCUCUGGCCACGCUUACAGCGCUCUCUGAAACUCAAAUAGAAGAGUAUCUAGCCCAAAGGUUCCCUGGCCAAGAAGAGCAGCAAAUAGUCACUCUCUUCUCCGGAGUAACAGAGUUGAAAAUACUGCUGGAUUGCUUUGCGUUCGUCAAUAGCACGGGCGUGCCUGGCUUGACUCUCAAGCUUCUGUUCACGCUUGGCACUCCAAUCAUCCCACCUACCGCGCCCACGGAUUUUGACAAUGCCGCGAAGGUACGGCUUCUCCUCCGAUCUACGCCAUCCUCCCCCAAUGGAGCAGACCUAAGGGCGCAGGUAAACAGCGGGCUGCGACAGAACCAGCGUGUCGCACUGGUGAGCUAUCUAUUGCAGCAUAAAUACAUAAUAAGCGAGGGCAUCACAGACGCAGACGGUCUCUUUGAGUUCCUACUAAUUGAUGUACAAAUGGGACCUUGUCUUGAAACGUCACGCAUAAAGCAGGCUAUCUCUACCGUGCAGGUCUAUGUGCGAAGGUGUAUCCUCGGCCUAGAAAAAGGGAAGGGCGUUAGUAGCGAUACAAUGAACAUGGAUCGCUGGAAUUGGAUGCAGAAUUAUAGGAUAUGGGAGGCUAAUAGGAAAGUCUUCCUCUAUCCUGAGAAUUGGCUAGAUGCGUCUCUUCGGGAUGAUAAGUCGGAGGUCUUUCAGAUGCUUGAGUCGAGUAUAUUACAGAACGAUCUGGACAGCAAUAAGAUCAUCGACCUUAUCAAGGGUUACGUCUAUGGGGUAGGUGAGAUCGCAGACCUCGACGUUCAGGCCUAUCUGUGGAAGAAAGGAGAGGAUGAGUUUACUGGGACAUUUCACUUCUUCGCCCGAACGAGAACGGCCCCAUAUAUUUAUUACUACCGUACCUUGGACAUUGUGCCGAGGCCUAGAGGUGCGUUGGUCUACAUGUACUGGCAACCUUGGACCAAGAUCGACAUCGAAGUUCCCAUACUGGAAGUUGACGCAGACGGAAAACCUUUACCCUUGUCGGGAUCCUACCUCAUUCCAGCCCUCUAUGGAGAACGUCUAUUUCUAUUCUUCCCUCAAAUCGUGCUCAAGACGUCCUCAAAUCCUAAUGCCACGGGCAAAAUAAUCGAGGGCGUAGGCGAUGAGGAUGUUGACACCCUAAAGGCGUCCAAGUGCUGGCAAAUCCAGAUGGGCUGGGCAGAAUACCGCAACGGCAAGUGGACGCCGAAGCAGGUAUCUCAGGCUGCAUUGGAGGUGAGGGGAGCCCAGGAAACUGAUUUCCCCAUAGCAAAUGGCAAAAAACCGGAUGAUAAAAUCUGGCUCAAAGCGCAAGAGUUCCCUAGCAUUUCCUCAUUCAAGUUCUGGAUCAAAUCCCGUCCGACUGGCCUGAUCCCCCCAAAAACCGACACUACAAACUCCAGCCCUUCGCCGCCACGAAAGGCCCCUGAGCCUAGUACUAGCAUCCUAAUGAUUGAAGUGGAGCGAUGGAUUGAGGUGGAUCAAGGAUCGCUACUGCCUCGAUACAUCAAUUACCCAUUGGGUCGAUUCGAGAUGCGCGGAUCGCAGGUCAUCUUAGUCGACCUCAGCGCCGCCCCUGCAACAGAUCCUUUCAAAAAACCGUGGUUGUCAACCAUUCCAACUGUAUUCAACAAGAUGUCAUGGCACAUAGAGAAGGAUGGUGAUAAGAGAACCCCCGAGAUUCCGAUAGACAGAGGAUCCGGACCAGAGCAACCACUCCUGGGGAUUGUGACCAAAUUGGUAGACAAUACCCCCAAGAAAGAUGUGGAGUGGACACUGUCAUUCAAUCACUCGCAGGUUAAUAAAGCGACUGGCCUGAUCCAAGAUAUCAUAACUACGGAGUCCACAAUAUCGUAUAUUACGUACCCGACCAGUACUUCUACUACCACCUUUCCUUCCGACGUGUUCCAGCAUACCCUCGACCGGGAUCUAAUAUCCAUGUCGACAUCAUAUGAAGGCGUUGACCAGUUGUAUGCCUUCCUUAGCAGCGUAUCAGCGGAUGACACUUUCCUUGCCUUUGGUAAAAGGAACGGCCCAGUUCAUGAGCUUUCAACUCCUUACGCUCUUUAUAACUGGGAACUGGGUGCCCAUUCUAUCAUGCUUCUUAUGGAGAGGCUACAAGCUACUGGACAGUAUGACCUCGCAAUUAGUAUAGCUCACCUUGUCUUUGACCCGACCAUUGAUGGGACAUCACUUGAUCGGUGCUGGUUAUUUCUCCCAUUUAAGGAGCUCGCAAACGGCCAGAUUGACUCUGUGGAAGAUAUCCUGAAGAAGCUCAAACCUUCUAGCGGGUCGGAAGAUGGCAUGGCGACGAAUAUACUAGAAUGGCGGAAGAAUCCCUUCAAUGCUCAUAUUGUGGCAAGGACGAGGCCGCUGGCAUUCAUGCGCAGGAUCAUCAUGAAGUACAUCGAGAUUCUAGUCGCCAGUGGAGACGUUUAUUUCCGGCAGAACACGCUCGAGGCGUUACCUCUCGCCAUCCAGCGUUACGUGGAAGCGUCCCACGUUUUCGGGUCGGCACCAAUACCGGUUCCGAAGUUGACGAAACCGGUUUUUCAGUCAUAUGCAGACCUUGAGAAGACACUUGACGAUUUUUCCAAUUCUCAGUUCGAUAUGGAGCUUGAUUUUCCCUUCUACAGCGACCCUGCAUCGCGAGGUACAACCACGGCUCAAGGCGGUGUUGCUUUGAUGGGCAUCUUGAAAACCACCUACUUUUGUGUGCCAUCAAAUCCGAAGCUUGUGGAACUUCGUAACUUGAUUGAUGAUCGACUUUUUAAGAUUCGAAAUUGUCAAGACAUCAAUGGCGUAGUCCGAAGCCUUGCUCUCUUCGAGCCUCCAAUCGAUCCUGGGUUGCUGGUUCGCGCAACGGCCUAUGGGAUUAGCAUUUCCCAGCUUCUGAGCAGUACCGUUGGCCCCAUGCCAAAUUAUCGUUUCCAAUACUUGCUACAGAAGGCACUGGAGCUGUGUAUUGAACUCAAAUCGAUGGGGCAAACCCUGUUGUCCAUCAAAGAGAAAAAGGACACAGAGGCAUUGGCAAACCUCCGGGCACGUCAAGAUAUCGUGAUUCAAUCGCUCAUGAUUGAAGCGAAGAAGAUAGCCAAAACUGAGGCGGAGUCAAGCAUUGAUGCACUCCUCGAGUCUCGGAAGGGCCUAGUCACUAGACUAGAAUACUUCCUCGCUCUUUCUGGUAGUGAUGACGUGUCGGUCCCUGAUGAGAAUAAAGACUGGGAAGACAUCGCUCAGGCCAUUGAGAAACCGACAACAGAUAAUCUCCGCAUGACAUCCCAUGAGAAGCUUGAGAUGCAAAAAGCAGAUGAAGCAGCAGCACUCAACCAAAAGGCCACCAUUCUCGACAUAGCAGCCAGCAUCGUCAAGGCCAUACCCGAUAUCAGUGAAGAAAUAGAGCCUUUCGGAGUAGGAGUGUCCAUAGGCUCUAUCACCAGAAAUGUUGCUGAAGCUAUGCUCAUCAACUCGAGUGUGAUGCGUUUCCAAGCUCAAUCCUCGGAAUACGAAGGUACACGCGCAUCCCGCACAGGGUUUCUCAUCAAGCAACUCCAGGACAGGCGGUUACAGGCCAACAUGGCCGGUCGCGAAAUUAAGCAGGUAGACAAGCAAAUAGCAACGGCGCGAAUACGUGUGGAGAUGUGUGAGCGAGACAUUGAAAUCCAGCAACAGCAAGCUCAGCAAGCGCGUGAUACGGAAGAAUGGCUGAGGAGCAAAUACACCAGUGAGCAGCUGUACGGGUGGAUGGAAGGUGUGGUCCGCAAUUUGUACCACCAAACAUACUUGAUCGCGGAUGACCUCGCUCAGAAAGCGCAAAAAGCGUUCCGAUUUGAGAAAGGAGAUCAGUCGGUUGAUUUCAUCGGUCCAUCAACCUGGGAUGAGGGCAGGCAGGGAAUGUUCUCCGGGGAGAAUCUCUAUUUAUCGCUAAAGCGGCUAGAGACUGCUUACAUGGAGCAUCGCUUCCAUGAUUUCGAGAUUGUCAAGAAUAUUUCGCUACGUCAGAUUCGGCCGUGGGCAUUGCUAACCCUCCGCGAGACGGGAACAGCGGAGUUUGACCUGCCCGAGGUCCUCUUCGAUUUUGACUUUCCCGGUCAUUAUUCUCGACGGAUAAAGUCAGUAGGGAUGACUAUCCCGUGCAUCGUCGGCCCAUACACUAGCGUUAACGCGACACUGACCUUGCUGGAACACCGAUACCGUACUAAGCCAGAUGCUAAGAAUGGGGCUGACUACCCCCAGAAAGACUCAGAUGAAAGGUUCCAAACAGACCAGAUUCCCAUACAGAGUAUUGCAGUUUCUCACGGGCAGCAAGACAGCGGCGUCUUUAACCUUGACUUCAGGGACGAGAGGUAUAUCCCCUUUGAAGGGGCCGGGGCUAUAAGCAAAUGGCGCCUCGAACUGCCUACCUCGGUCAAACAAUUUGAUUACAACACAAUCAGCGAUAUUGUUCUCCAUGUUAAAUACACGGCUAUCCAGGGAGGAGCUGCAUUCCGAAAGGCAGCGUCCGAUGCAGCAUCUACUUUCCAAAAGAACGCUGCUGGUUUAUCCGCUACUGAGGGAAUGUUUGCCUUGCUUGAUCUGAAGAAUGACUUUCCUACGGAGUGGCACCGUUUAGUGUCGGCGGAUAAGACACAGCCUUCCUCAAUGCCCCUAUCGGCCUUGCAGGAUCGAUUACCCUUUUUUACAAGAGGAACACAAGUUAAGGCUGAGACUAUCUCUGUGCUUGUGCUGUCUGAUACAAAGAUUAACAUGGUAGAGGACAUUACAUUGACCACGACGAAACAGGUAGCGCUUACUUCUGGGUCUGCGAUAGGUUCUUAUCAGGUUGCGACAGCUAAGGACCUAACAGAUGCAGUGGGAAAUUGGAGCCUUACACUUCUGCCAAAAGCAAUGAGUGCAAAUGUUUCCAGGAUUCUGAUAGUAUACAGAUACAUACUAUAGUAUAGCAAUAUUAGAGCGGCAGUACAUUGUACUUGAGCCAGCUCGUGUUAGUACUGGGACGGAUUGGGAAAGAGGAAGCUCAUCAGAUUGAUACAUAAGUUGACUACGGGUACUUAGCUGUAUUUGAUGGUAUAGUCUCGACGUCAAUCAAAUGAAUAAAAUGUCGUCUCUCGCC